GCUGAGGCGGCGGUCGUUGGGCAUGGCGGGCUACUUCGGCGGGCCGGCCGUGCCGGGGGGCGGCGAGGACAGCGACAGCGACGAGGACGGCUGGGACAUCGGAUACCACCACCGGCCCGACAAGCUGAAAGACUCAUUACUGAGUGAAGAGAAGGAUGAGGCAUUGAAGAGAGCUUUGACUACAGGCGAUGCUUCACUACUUGAAGAGCUCCUAAAUUCUGGCGUGCAAGUCGACUCAAGUUUUCGGUUCGGAUGGACUCCCCUUAUGUAUGCUGCUAGCGUUGCUAACGUUGAUCUGGUGCGUAUCCUGUUGGACAGAGGUGCAAAUGCAAGCUUUGCAAAAGAUCAGCACACUGUUCUGAUGGCUGCAUGUUCAGCUCGAGUUCCAGAAGAACAGAUUUUGAAGACUGCAGAGCUACUUAUUUCAAGAAAUGCCAGCCCUAAUGUUACUUGCAGGAAACUCAUGACUCCACUGAUGUAUGCAGCUCGAGAAGGUCAUUCUCAGCUGGUGGCUCUCCUUGUUGGGCACGGAGCAGAGAUAAAUUCCCAAGACGAUAACGGGUAUACAGCUCUUGCAUGGGCAGCUCGUCAUGGUCAUAAACCUACAGUUUUGAAGUUGCUUGAACUUGGAGCUGAUAAAACUCUGCAAACCCGAGAUGGAAAGACACCAGCAGAGAUUGCUAAAAGAAAUAAACACCCAGAGCUUUUCAAUAUGCUCUCUUUGACCUUGAAUCCUUUGCAUGGGAAAUUCCAAAAUAUAACUAAAGAAGAGACUAUUUGCAAAUUUUUGAUAACAGACUCUGAAAAAGGCAGAGAUCAUGGAUUUAGUUCAUAUUCUGCUUUUGGCGAUCUGGAGAUAUUUUUGCACGGUCUUGAACUUGAACAUUUGGCAGAUUUACUAAAGGAAAGGGAUAUAACUUUAAGACAGCUUUUGACUUUGAGAAAAGAUGACUUUACAAAGAUUGGGAUUACCAAUGUCAGAGACCAAAAGAAAAUUAUGAAUGCUGUUGAAGAGCUACAAGUAGAAGAAAUAAAAUUUGAAGAGUUGCCUGAGGUGAUUAAAUUGGAAUUCAGCGGUGAUGAGUUCCUCAAUUUUCUUCUGAAAUUAAGCAAACAAUGUGGUCACCUCACAACAGCUGUGCAGGAUAUAAUUAGCCAGUUUCCAGUACAUUCUCACAAGAUAGUUCUGGAAUGGGGCUCACCCGAUUGCUUUACUUCAGUGUGUGAGGAUCUGGUACACAGUGCUCAAAAUCUAGGGGAAGAAGUUGGUAAACUUAAGCAUUUGAUUCAGAAGUUGCACAAUGACCAGAAAAAUGACUCCUGUCGUAUACCACCCAUGGAAAAUGUGUCUACCGGAAAGAAAAGAUUAUGGAAGAGAGCCGCAGUCAGUGUGUGUGGAUUUGGGCUUCUCUUCGUCAUUUGCAAGCUAACUUUCCUGCGAAAGUAAUGGCAAUACGUAUUUCAGCAGUGGACGGUAUCAAGUCCGAUUCCUUUCAGUCUUUGGAAGACCCCAUGUGAAGGUGAUGAAGAUGAACCAAUCAAGGGGCAAGCCUAACUUGAAUAAAUGGGGCCCAUUUGGGCCAGUGCAGUGCUGUUUAGAAGUGAACACGCAUAAUUACUGAACCCUGCUUUUACUUUAUCCUUACAUUUAUAAAUAUAAUUUUUCCAGUUCAGUUUUCCUGUUACAUUAUAAAAAGAGGCUGUGGAUUAAUUGCUACGUGCUGGACUACUUGAUCACCUUCAAAUAAAGGUCUUAACUUUGCCUUUCA